UCAUCCAUCUCUCUCUCUCUCUCGAUCUCGAAGGGUGGAGCUCAUCCUGCAACUCUAAUGGCGGAGGGGGGAGACAUCUUCAUGAUGGACGCACAGUUCCACCGGAAGCCGAAGGUGGAAUCGACGAAUUUCGACGUCGGGUAUCCUUUCUCCGACCACUUUGCGAGCUCGCCGGCCGGAGAUCUCAUGGGUAUGAACGAACUGGCGGGGUUUGAUACAUCAUUCCUCAGCUUCACGCAGUGUCUCCAGGCCAAGAUCCCAGUGGACUGUACAACUGGCCCUGCUUCGGACGCGCCGUGCUCUUCGGAGGUCCUGAAUUUAGGCGAGGCUGAUCCGGCUGCCGCUGCAGUUGGGCAGAACUCGUCCGACUCUUCGUCGACCACCGAGGCGGCCGAGGAGGAUUCCGGCCAGAGCAGGAAGGAUGAUCAGCCCGGUGCAACUGAGGAUGGGCAGGAGAAAAGCAAGAAAAAGAACAAGCCAAGGAAGAAGGGGGAGAAGAAGCAAAGGGAGCCACGCUUUGCUUUCAUGACCAAAAGCGAAGUAGAUCAUCUGGAAGACGGGUACAGGUGGAGGAAAUACGGGCAAAAGGCUGUGAAAAAUAGUCCUUAUCCAAGGAGCUACUACAGGUGCACCAGCCAGAAGUGCUCAGUAAAGAAGCGUGUGGAACGAUCCUAUCAGGACCCAACCAUAGUGGUCACAACCUACGAAGGCCAGCACACGCAUCCCAGCCCCGCAUCCCUGAGGGCGAGCAAUGGAGCCAUAAUGGGGAUGCCCCCACUCUCGGCGUCGGCCGGCUACCGCUUUCCGGUGGAUCGGCCGGUGCAACUCCCCAACACGAACAGCUCCUUCGAUGCCCACUCUUUGUUCAUGCAGAACAUCACUCCUUCACUUCCCCAAGUGCAGUAUCAUCAUCAGCUGCCUGACUAUGGCCUCCUUCAGGACAUCGUUCCUCCUUUCAUCAACAGAGACCAACAUUAAGAGAUUAACAGGACUCAUCAGACUAUCUUUUUCCUUUUGUUUCUUCUCCUUUUUAUGUAUAGGUAUGUACGAGAUCGAUCGCUCAUUGGUCGUAGAACUAGGCAUGGAACAUGGGUGCUCCACAGCAUUAAAUUGUUAUCUUUUCUGACACC